CCGCUAAAAUCGAUCGAUCUUCAAAUCAGAUUAGGGUUCCGAUUUAGAUUUUAAGACUUAUUCGUCUCUCAAUUCGAUCCAUUGUUUGAUUUCUAUCUCAGAUGCUUCACUUCUCACAUUACGAGAUCGAGAAGGAUAUACGAUGGAUUCAUGAAGAAAUUUGGGGUUAGAGCUUUCAAAAACUAUUAUUGAGCUUAAGGCCAUUUCCGAUUGGAUCUAGCUUGAAUUUAACAAGGAUUCUUUACCAAUCUCAAUAUCGGAAAUCACAACUUGAGUUUAAGGGUGGAGAAAGAGCAAGUUAGCAUAUAACAAGAGAAUUGGGGAAUCUCAACAAAUUCAAGCUUGGAAUUGUGAUUAUAAACGAGUUCAGUAUAUGAUCUUGGAGAAGGCAACUGAUAGUAGAAAGGGAUCAGAAAAAGGACCAGCAGAAUGGGGAAAAUUAAACCCUCAGUGGAAAGUUUGUAGCACGGGAAAAUUUCAAUCUCCGAUUGAUCUCACUGACGAAAGAGUCAGUCUUAUUCAUGACCAAGCCUUGAGCAAACAUUACAAACCAGCUUUGGCUGUUAUUCAAAGUAGAGGACAUGACGUUAUGGUAUCGUGGAAAGAAGACGCUGGAAAAAUAACAAUACAUCAAACAGAUUAUAAAUUGGUGCAGUGUCAUUGGCAUUCACCAUCUGAGCAUACCAUUAACGGAACUAGUUACGACCUAGAGCUUCAUAUGGUUCACACCAGUGAUAGUGGCAAAACCGCAGUGGUUGGAGUUCUUUAUAAAUUAGGUGAACCUGAUGAAUUCCUCACAAAGGUAUACUAAACUCUAGAAGUAAAUUAGGUUUAAUACAUAGUUGAUACAAUU